AUGGAGCACCAUGUAGAAAUUUGUCAGUACUUUACCCACAGACAUGUUUCUGUAAUUUUCCUCCUCCGCAGAGAUCUUCUGCGCCGCAUGGUUUCAGUGCUAGCAAAUUCCUAUGACCGCUAUGCUAAAUUGUUGAAUGGAAACCAUAAGUCCCACGUCCAUUCUCCUCAAAAGGCUGCGACACUAUCGCGGUACAAACCUACAAUCAACUCCUCAUCCUUGGUCAAUGAUUUCAAGGAGAUGGAGUUGCACUUUGCUAAGGUUUUGACAUGCUACAAUUCCGCAGGGCACAUUGUGCUGUACUACCAGGAUCUCAUGAAGAAAUGGGGCCUCAAGCUAAAUGAAGUACAAGAGUACCUUGACCUGCCAACGAAGGAUUUGACGAGCUGCCAGAUCAAGAUACGUAGUGUGCCGUCGUCGGACCAUAUCAAGAACUAG